UGUAACUGCACUCGAGUGGCAAGUGGACUGGAUGGCUGUAAAGGUGCAUGAGGAGUACGUUGGUUUGCAUAACAAUCUCCCGAUUAGAGAACACCUUGUGGAGUGGCGGCAUUCGUUUUGCGAGUUGAGCCAUUGAACCCCAUGGUAAGACACAGAGAAAAAACUCUGUGGUCGUGAUGCCUGUACCAGAGCGCGGUGCUUGCGUGUUUCGCUCGCCAGCCGUCGACCACCUGCUGCGCUCCUUGCUGCUCCCGAUGCUGCUGCUGCUGCUGCUGCCGGCGGGGCGGGCGGCGGUGGUGGGGGACUUCAACCAGGUCCAGCAUUGCAAGGACUUCCUCUACAUGGGCACCCCGCCCCGCGGCUACCUCAGCUCCGACUCCUUCACGAAGAUCUGCCAGCAUUACGAGGACCAGCCCCGCUACGUCACUCUCUAUGAUACCCGCAGACACAUCCCCAUCUAUUCAGCGUACACCUUCAAGAAGUCCGACGGGGAGAAGACGGUGGACUUACCCUGGAUGUUUGAGCCUCAGCUGGUUUCAGACAAGGGUAGCAGCAACAUGACGCCCUUUGGCCAGUCCUCCUCCGCCUACACCCCCCCGGACCUGGAGGACAGCCAGGCCACGCUGGAGGACUACGCCGAGGCCAUCCGGUACGAGCGGGGCCAGCUGAACCCUGUUGGCCACCAGGCCGACCCCUCGGACAAGGCCUCCACCUACACCCUCACCAACGUGGUCCCCCAGACCAGGGAGUUGGCGGGGUCCUGGGCGCAGCACCAGUGGCUCAUCCGCAAGCGCCUCAACAACUUCUGCGGCGGGCGGGCCUUCGUGGUGACGGGGGUGACCGACUCCGGCAGCACCGUCCGCAGGGGGAACGUGGACCGGGUGGCCGUCCCCGACUACGUGUGGUCGGCCUACUGCUGUGCUAAUUUCGACCGCAACGCGCCGUACUCUGAGCGCUACAAGUUCCCGGCGUUCGCGGCGUACGGCCCCAACGACCAGGCCAACAGCCAGGUGCUGGAGGUGCCGCUGAAGAGCCUGGAGAAGUUCCUCGCUGGCAGGAUGGCAGUGAACCACAACUUCCAGCUCUUUCACAAUGACUGCAUGUCAGGCGGCUAGCGUGGAGAAGGAUCACACCACCAUGAUUCCACGGGCCAAUUUAUCGUGAUAUUAUUUGAACCCAGGGUGUUUUUAAUGGUCUUUGGAAUCAAUAAAAAAGGAGAACUUUAACAAUACCAAGUGUUACCGUGUAAAGUCAUUAUAUAGGUUGGG